AUGUCUGCUGAGAACAUUGACAACCCCAUCUCCUACGAGAUCCUGGAGGACCUCGAGGAUGAUUUCGAGGAGGUUGAGCUUGAGCUCCUCCGCCAACAAGCCAAGCUCACCAAGGACCUGUACGCCAAGCGUGCCAAGGUCGUCUCUGAGAUCCCCAACUUCUGGCCCCUCGUCUUCGAGCAGGCCCCCCCGGAUAUCGACGAGUACGUCCAGCCCACCGACUCAGCCGUCCUCCUGAGCUCCCUGGUCAACCUGUCCGUGGAGCGCUUUGAGCUGCCCAACGGCGACCCUCGCAGCAUCUCCAUCAAGUUCGAGUUCAGCGAGAACGAGUACUUUGAGAACAAGGUCCUCGAGAAGAAGUUCUGGUGGCGCCGCAACAAGGAUGGCUGGGCGGGCCUCGUCAGCGAGCCUGUCAAGAUCAACUGGAAGGCCGACAAGGACCUGACCAGCGGCAUGCUGGACCUCGUCUACCAGGUCUGGGAGGACGACAAGGCCGGCAAGGGUGACGACACCGAGGCCAAGAAGAAGCUCAAGAGCCAGAUGGAGAGCACCGGCCUCGACGGCGUCAGCUUCUUCGCCUGGUUUGGCUUCCGCGGCCUGAGCAUCUCCGAGGAGGAGAACCAGGCUGCCCUCAAGGAGGAGCAGGAGAAGCGCAAGGCCCGCAAGGAGGGCAAGGAGGUCGAGGAGGAGCCCGAAGAGGAGGACGAGGAUGAUGAUGAUGACGAGUACGAGAUGGAGAUCUUCCCCACCGCUGACGACCUUGCCGUCUGCAUCGCCGAGGAUCUCUGGCCCGGCGCCAUCAAGUACUUCUUGGCGGCCCAAGAGCAGGAUGCUCUGAGCGACAUCAACUUUGAGUCUGACGAGGAGAUGGAUGAUGAGGAGGAGGAUGCCCAGCCCUCCAAGAAGCGAAAGGCUUAA